CCGGAGCUUCACCUGGACAAAGAGACCGACAUACAUGCACCCGACUCGACUACCAUCGCGACUCUGCCCGCAAUGGCUGCCCCGCCUACAAUUCCGCCCUUGGAGAGCACCGACAGCUUCAAUCCUGACUUCAACCACAGCGCCUCUACCCCCGCAGAAGACGGCGCCAUAGUUUCGCCCGUCGAGGCAGCAGCUCCCGCAUCGCCAGAGCAGCGAGCGGUGCCCCAGGACGCGCAGACACACCAACGCGUGCACGAUGUCCUACACUCAGAUGUGGGCGUCUCCACGCUGCUGAACCGCCUGAAGGCCAGCAUCGCGAGCGCCAGGGACUUCGCCAGCUUCCUCAAGCGCCGGGGAGCCCUCGAGGAGGAACAUGCUGGUAGCCUCAAGAAGCUGAGCCGCCUGACGCUCGACGGCGUGCGUAAGCCCGACGUCCGUCAUGAAAGCUACCAGACGCAGUUCGAGCAGGUGCUCCAUGCCAACGAGCGCAUCGCCGACAAUGGCACUCAGUUUGGCCUUGCCCUACACGCCAUGCACGAGAACCUGCUGCAGCUGGCCAACAAAAUGGACGUGAACCGCAAGACGUGGAAGCAGCAGGGGUUGGCCGCCGAGAACAAGGUGCAGGACGCCGAGAAGCUCGCAGAGAAGGCCAAAGCCAAGUACGACCAGCUCGCAGACGACCUUGACCGCGUCAAGACGGGCGACACGGGUGCCGGUAGGAAGUUCGGCCUCAAGGGCCCCAAGUCGGCCGCCCAGCACGAGGAGGAUCUUCAGCGCAAGACACAGGCGGCAGACCAGGACUACGCCACCAAAGUGCACACGGCGCAGGCCUCCCGCAAAGAGCUGUUGGCCACGACGCGGCCCCAAGCUAUUGCCGCCCUGCUGGACCUCGUCAAGGAGACGGAUGCUGCGCUCACAAUGGAGAUGCAGAAGUACGCCUCGUUCAAUGAGAAGCUAGUCGUCAACAACGGUCAGGUUGUUAGCCCCCAGCCGCUAAAAGGCAGCAGUGUCCAAGCACCGCCCAGUGUAAACCAGCUCAUCUACCAGAUCAACAACGAGAGAGACUUCGAUGACUACAUCCUCCAGCACGCGUCCAAGGCGCCCGUGUCCAAAACCGAGCUACAGUACGUCAAGCAUCCAACGCAGGCGCCUACGCCCUCAUAUCCAACGCCACCGCCGGCUACAAGUGGCGCCCGUCGCGCCUCUAUGCAAAUGCAAACCCAACCGCCGCCCCCCUUCUCCCUACAGCAGCCAGACUUGAACCCCCCGCUAUCCCUGCAACAGGUCUCUCCACAACCCGAGCCCGCACAACAACCAAGCUUCCCCGCCUACUCGCAGCAGCCGCCUUCGUCGCAGCCGCAAUAUAACAACUCUACCUACUCCCCGGUUGCCCCAAAUCCCUACCCGCAGUCAGAUUUCCCACGGGGACCAGUGGGCCAUGCUACGGCACAGCAGACCAGCGGCGUCCUUUACAACAGCUCUCAGCCUCCUGUCAAUCCUGUCUUUGGCGUUACCCUAGAAGACUUGUUCCGGCGCGAUGGCUCGCCAGUGCCCAUGGUCGUUUACCAGUGUAUCCAGGCUGUAGAUGUGUAUGGAUUGGAGGUUGAGGGCAUCUAUCGCAUACCUGGCACCUCUUCUCACAUCCAACAAAUGAAGGCUUUGUUUGACAGCGAUGCCUCCCAGGUCGACUUUCGAAACCCAGAAGCAUUCCAGCAUGAUGUGAAUAGCGUCGCCGGGCUAUUGAAACAAUUCUUUCGCGAAUUGCCUGACCCACUCUUGACUCGGGAAUAUUACGGCAAAUACAUCGAUGCUGCGCGAAUCGACGACGAUACUAUGCGCCGGGACUCUAUGCAUGCGCUGAUCAAUGCACUGCCCGAUCCAAAUUAUGCCACUCUCCGCGCCCUGGUUCUGCACUUGCAUCGUGUGCAGCAAGCUUCCGAAGUCAAUCGUAUGAGCACCGCCAAUUUGGGUAUCUGCUGGGCACCAUCCAUCAUGGGUCCUCACAAAGGCAACAAUAUGGCAGACGCUGGUCUGCAAGCGCGCGUCAUCAUUACCAUUCUGGACAAUGUGCUCCAAAUAUUUGACGAGGAUUAGGUUUAGUCAACACGUCCAUAGUGUCGUUGCUCUGUCUUUAGAGAAUGAGACUUCUCCUAUUCCGCCAUAGACCUGAAUCGAGGGGGCCUUAAGAUCUCGAGCCCUUACAUCUUGCAGCGCGUCAAAUCUCUAAAUUUAAAACUUCGAGUCGAUUAAGGCCACAAGUUCUCUUUCGUUAUCGAUGACAACUGUCUGAACUUGACACGUAACACAAUAGGCUAUGUUUAGGUCCAUUCAAAGCGAAGAUGCAAAACCGAAGCCUUAACACUAUCGUCAACGAUAACUAUGUCCCAUUUUUGCAUAUCACAAUCAGGUCUUCCCAAAAGCGGUGGCGGAUCUUUCCGUGUUCGACAUUCACACAUGUUAGGGAUCAGAUGUAUUUCUGGCCAUUGGGAUCCGCCCCCAAAAUUAUUGGUUUUAUGAGAG